UCUCCUCCACCUUCAAAAUAUGUCAGCCGUUGAUCCCAUUCCUAUCCUUCACCGGUUCCGAAGUGUAAUUUCCAUACUGACCCUCUAGCUUUUCAUUCUCUCUCUCUACCUUCUAGCCUUCACGGCUUGAGCAUUUGUUAGUUUCUGCUUUCAUGGAAGGACCUUGAGCUCUUUCUCUCUCGCGUUCUCUGCUGUAUUUCGCCUGCAACUCGUGCGUUUGUAGCUUUGAAAGUUUUGUCAGCUUUGGUCGGCCUACUUUGCUUCGUUUGAUCCGCCAACAGUUGAAUAGUGGAAUCUUGAAGUCUAAUGUCUCCUCCUCUGCCGGGAGGGGAAGAUAGGCAAAUUAAUGCCUCUUUAGUCCCCUCCAUAUCCACCAUCCACAAUGGUCCUGGGUUAAAAGAACGUAAUUAUAUGGGCCUGUCAGAUUCUUCCUCAGUUGAUAGCUCUGCAGUCUCAAGCUUACCUGUGGAAAACAAGAGUGGUCUCAAUUUGAAGGCUACUGAGUUGAGGCUUGGUUUUUCUGGAUCGCAAUCCCCUGAAAGAGAAUCAGAGCAUUUCUUGCUGAGUGUGGGGAAGUUUGAUGAGAAGCCUCUGUUCCCUUUGCUUCCAACAAAGGAUGGAAUCUGUUCAAACACACAGAAGCAUGUUGUUUCUGGAAACAAAAGAGGAUUCUCUGAUACCAUGGAUGUGUUCUCAGAGGUGAAAACUUCUGGGUAUGCUGAAAAGAACUGGAUGUUUCAUGGAGCUGGGUCUGAUUCCAAGUCUCCGCAAUCCGUGGGACAAAGCAAGUUUCCUGGUACUUCAGGGGCAAAUGUCAUGUUAUCUUCCAAGCCAUCUGGAACUCAGUCAACUGUAGUGAAAGAGGUUCCACCCAAAGUGCUGGAGGAACCGUCUGCAAACGGAACCAGGGUUAACCAGCAUGGUGCUUCCAACGACAAUGAUGCACCAGCUGCAAAGGCACAAGUAGUGGGGUGGCCUCCCAUCAGAUCAUUUAGGAAGAAUACACUUGCUACCUCAUCAAAGAACAAUGAUGAAGUGGAUGGGAAACCUGGUCCUGGUCCUCUUUUUGUUAAAGUCAGCAUGGAUGGUGCUCCUUAUCUGAGGAAGGUAGAUCUGAGAACUUGUUCUACUUAUCAAGCGCUAUCUUCUGCUCUUGAGAAGAUGUUUGGCUGUUUUACCAUAGGUCAAUGUGGAUCACAUGGAGCUCGAGGGAGGGAAAUGCUGAGUGAGAGCAAGUUGAGGGACCUAUUACGUGGAUCAGAGUAUGUGCUUACGUACGAGGAUAAGGAUGGUGAUUGGAUGCUUGUUGGGGAUGUCCCGUGGGAGAUGUUCAUUGACGCAUGCCAGAGGCUCAAGAUCAUGAAAAGCUCUGAUGCGAUCGGCUUAUCUCCUGGAGUAAUGGACAAAUCCAAGAUGAGGACUUAGCUUGUCCUUUGGUGGGUCGAAUGCUUUCCUGGUGCAAAUUAGUAGACUUGUCAGGGAUGGGGGAAGCUUGAGGAAGCUGCGGAGGCAAUGAACCGUGUUGUUGGAUUGGGGAUGAAUGUCUGCGAGUAGUUCUGAUGCAUUCUGAUGCAUUUUUUUUAUUUAUGUCUUGAUGGUAUGAAGAAGUUGGCAGUUCACUGCAGUCACUGUUUGUCUUAAAAGUUUAUGAUUGUUAUGAGACCUUGUUAUGGUAUUGAAGAAAUUAUUUACUGUGUAGUUCAUAAAUAUUUACCGGAGCUUUUGAUAUCUUUAAGGUGCUGUGUUUCUCGACGGUGUCCUGGAUAUUAUCUUUCAUUUGCUGGUUA